AUGCCUGGCGUACCUAGAGCCUCUGGCCCUGUUGGAGCUGCUGGUCCUGCUGGCCUUGCUGAUCCUCCAGGAAGAGCGGGAGAACCAGGUCCUUUUGGUCUUCGUGGGUCACCAGGAGAAAUUGGAAUGAAAGGCGAAAAAGGAAUACAGGGAGUAGGACAAAAGGGUAAUUCUGGUGUACGCGGCAAAGGAGGUCCGAAAGGAGAAAAAGGAGUGCAAGGAGAUCGCGGUCUGCAAGGAUCGUCUGGACUGAUUCCUAUGAAAGACAUCGAGGAACUAAAGCAACUCGUCGGCAACUUGACCGAGAGCGUGUUGAUAAGUCAAAAUUCGAUACAUCAACAGGUAGUUAGUCUCAACAACACAUUGGAGUCUGUAAAGUUGCAGGUUGCAGUUGGCUGGAAGGUUUUUAAAAAAAGCAAGACGUUGCAGUUGCCUCGUGGCAAUCGAGUCGAGACGACGUUUGAUAUAUCAGA